GUAACACUGUUUCUCGAACUGUGCCCAGAGAGAAUGAAGGAAAGACAGAAGAUUUCUCCGGUGUUUAUAGUGAAAUUACCUAUAUAUAUAGCCUUGUCUAUCUAUAUAGGGAAUAAGCUCAAGAAAAGGAGACAAUAAAAUUACCCAUAGCUCUCUCCUACCCUUUAAGUGUUUCUGCAAGCUCAAUUUAGCAGAUUAGUAUUUGACUUCAGAGCUGACUGAAGAUAUAUGCAACUUAUAUGGUCUUGCAAUCUAUUCAAACAAAAGUUAACAAUCCUCCGAAAUGUGAUCUGCGCAGAUGCCUUGAUGGAAUUAAGAAGGCAGCUUGGUUGCAAGCAGUAUGCACAGAAAAGUUCUUUCGGGGAUGCUCAAUUCAUGAAAUGGCCAAGAAAAACGAGAAAAAUAUAUGCUGCUUGGAUUGCUGCACUAGCAUAUGCCCACACUGUGUUCAUUCACAUCGUUUCCAUAGGCUUCUUCAGGUACGCCGCUAUGUUUACAACGACGUUGUCAGAUUGGAGGACCUUGAAAAGCUCUUUGAUUGCUCCAAUAUUCAGGCAUACACGAUCAAUGCUGCAAAAGUGGUCUUCAUCAAGAAGAGGCCUCAGAAUAGGCAGUUCAAAGGCUCGGCUAAUUACUGUACUUCUUGCGAUAGAUGCCUCCAAGAACCAUUUAUCCAUUGCUCCCUUGGCUGCAAGGUGGAAUUUGUGCUGAAGCAUUAUACAGACCUAUCUCCAUUCUUAAGGAAGUGCAAGACGUUACAGCUGGGUCCAGACUUCUUCAUCCCACAAGACAUGGGAGACGACAUCAACCUUCAUCAGGAAAUAACAAAUGAAUCACUCCAUUCGACAAUUGUUGAUUCCAAUGAACAACCAAUGAGCUGCUAUAAUUAUUCAUCGGGUUCAGAAAACAUAAGUAGCAGCAACAACAUGUUUUGCACCGAAAUUGUCAGGAAGAAGAGAAGUGGACUUGUUUAUGUCUCAUGCACUGGUAUCAACAGCAGAAGACCAUCAUCAUCAUCUCAUAAUAACAAGCAGCAGCUUCACUCAGAAGAAGAUAUCAGCACAGGUAUGAGUAGAAGAAAAGGAGUCCCCCAGAGGUCUCCACUGUGUUAAACUUUUUGAGUUUAUUUUUUCCUUUUUUUUUGGGAACGUUUACCACUUGAUAAUUUUAUAAUCUUGGUUCAACAUUUGGAAUUUUGACUGGCUCUUGGAACUAUUUUAACUAAUCUUUUGUCUGUGUAAGGUAAGUGGCUUAGUUAAUUACUUGGUCGGGGGUUAGUCCUAAUGGCAUCACGUGAUUCCCAGUUCCACGUAAGGGUGUUGUACAUAUUUAUUUUAGAAUAUAUGCUUAGAGUGCUAUUAGUAUGGCUAUUAAUAAUUUUAAUCA